AAAGCAGAUAGCAAGAGAAAGAGAGUUGGUCUCGGCUUGAAUUAAGAAUGGCCGGAUUCAAAGCAGUUAGCCUACUGGCGUUGUUGCUUUUCUCAUUGGUGAUGGUUGGUCCGCACGUGCUCGUAUGUGAGUAGUUUAACUUACAUAUUUUACUCAACUUCUUGUUGUUUUGUUGUUGUUGUUGUUGUCUUUGUUUUAGGAAAGCACCGUAUUAAAUAAACGGUCUUCUCGAUUGAUGUUAAAAUUGCAGGGAGAUACGAUUAUUUUUUAUUGGUUCAAAUCAAUGAUGAUGUCUUUUGAUCACCGUGUGCAUGAUUACAGUGUGCAUGAUUACAGUGUGCAUGAUUACAGUGUGCAGUUUCAUUAUGAGCAGAAUAAAUGAAAACACAUGGACAUUCUGAUUAAAAAAAAACAACAACGUUAAACCAGCACAAUUUUAACGUAAGACAUUAAAACGCAAGGCGUUCAACUUAAACACGGUUUUAAACAACAUUUUAAUCUGUUUGUUUCUUUCCUUAUCAGCUGGGUCUAUUUUGCUCGAGGUGUCCCCCAAAAUUGUGGAAGUGGGCCUUUACACGUACACUGCAGCUACGUGCCGGACACUGACCAAGGGAUGGACGCGUUGGUUUCCCUUGUUGUGUCCGGCCUACGGGACCACAUGCCUGUGGUGGACAACUCAAUUGACUCAGCUGUAGUGUCCGACACCCAUGUUCUGCAAGACAUUGCGUCCAUCAGCGUGUUCUCUAACCAAGUGAUUGUAGCACUGUCUAAAUUGGCUGUAAAAACGUCGGGCUUCAUCCAGCCGAGAGAGGAGUCUUAUCUCAGUUUUGUGAUAGACAAACCGAACUUUGAUGCCCCAGACACUUACAAGUGUACCGCCCACGGGAUUAGAAAAAAUAUCCAGCCAAUAGUGUUGUCAGACAACGUACAAGUUCUAAUCACCAGGUCAAGCCUGAACGAAGAGUCGCGACAAAAACUAGAAAAUCUGGAGUCGGAUGUUGAGGUAGCCGAGGGAGAAAUCCUGGCAAUAAAUAAAAGGCAGUUGGAGCAGUACAGAAACUUCAGUGACGUCAUAACAGCGUUAUCAUCAAUGCAGAUUAGCCGCGAUAUCAAAAUAGGGGCCAUUGAGUCAGAACUUGAAGGGUAUGAAAAUAUCAGCAACCAUUUGAUAUCGAUGGUAUCGGAUUUGGACAAAGUCAGAGUCGAGGACGAUUCCAGAGUUCAAAGUAAACUUGCCAGAUUGGAAGGCCAAAACGAAAACGUUAGCGCACAAAUAGUUGGUCUUGAGGCUAAAGUACAACAAUAUCAAAACACAAGCAAUGACGUCAUGUCACAGGUAUCCCUAUUAGAAAAGCUACAAGCGACGGUUGAGGAAAUGUCAAAGAAUAAACACAGCGCGCCGAAUUUCGGAAACGAGUCAAACAAUACAAAUAAAACAACUUCAAAUGUGACAUUCCCACAGACUUUAAGCUUCGCUCAAAUGAAAGCCGAGUUAAGACGAGUGAAGUCUGCGUUCCUCGAAGAGUUCUACUUCGUGUCACUGAGAUACGAAAAUUCAUUCUAUUUUCUUCCCAAAAACAUAAAAGAGAGAACGAUAGAUGAGUCGGAAAUCAGGUGCAAGAAGUUCGGAGGAUACCUUGUGGAGAUAAAUGACCAGAGUGAAUACGAUUUCAUUGUCAGUUUUAUCAAAGAUUUGCCCGGGUUUCAAACGGUCUACACGGGGGAGGAGUACAAGUCUACGCAGGCUCCUGGACGCAUACGCAAGGAUCUGGUGUACCGCAGAAGUAAAGAACCAGUUUUGUUUACGGAUUGGUCAAGAGGAGAACCGAACCACUUGCCCAGCGAAAACUGUUUAACACUUGAGAAGACCAUGGGGUGGAAGAUGAAUGAUAAUAUUUGCACAGCAUCAAGUCAAGGCACAUUUUUGUGUGAGGUUUCGUAUAAUGAUUUUGAAUUUUAAUGCACAUG